AAUACAACAUUACAACCCUCUAUAAAUAUCACCUCCCAAAAUCAAGCAAAUACAAAAACACACACACCUAUACUUCCAAGAAAAAGGGAAUUGCCCAAUUAUCCUCAAAAGUUCAUUAUAACUUUAUUAUGUCCGCCGCCGUGGCCGCUGCUGCCGCUUCAGCCGCCAUCUCAGGCUACCGGAACUCCUCUGAAAACCAGCAAAGAGACGUGUUUUCACCAUACACAAACACCCCACCACCACAAAUGAUGCAAGUUUCUGCUCCUCCUCCUCCACUUAGCCGUUACGAGUCCCAGAAGAGACGUGACUGGAACACGUUCGGCCAGUACCUGAAAAACCACCGUCCACCCUUAACCCUCUCACGCUGCAGCGGCGCGCACGUGCUGGAGUUCCUCCGCUACCUGGACCAGUUUGGCAAAACCAAGGUUCACUCUGAAAUAUGUCCCUACUUUGGAAACUCUCAUCCGCCUGGUCCGUGCCCUUGUCCUCUGAAGCAAGCAUGGGGGAGCCUCGAUGCUCUCAUCGGUCGGUUGCGUGCGGCGUUCGAAGAGAACGGCGGGUUGCCGGAGAUGAACCCGUUUGGGGCGCGUGCGGUGAGGUUGUACCUCAGGGAAGUGAGGGAUGCUCAGGCUAGAGCAAGAGGGAUUGGUUAUGAGAAGAAGAAACGGAGGAAUAAUGGUAAUAAGACUCAGAAACAGCAAAAUGAGUCUAUGGUGAUGAUGAUGGAGGAGCAAGUGGGUGAUGUGAGUUCAAGUGCAGUGUUUUCAGGGUAUGGGGUUGGUGGUGGAUUUGUUCAUUUGUCUGAUUCAAAUGGGACUCAUCCUGGAACUGCUGCUGCAGUUUCAUACUUCUCAUCAUAGUGUUUUUUUAGUUGCAUUUUUUUGUACCACCAAUAAAAUCCUGUCAAAUGAUUAGUACUUUUUAUUUAAUAUGGUAUCAAUUUCAUUAGUGUGGUGUGACUGAAAAUGAGGGAAAUAGAAGAUUGUCAAUCCUUAAUUUGGAUGCAUAUCCUUUAGGGGGAAGUUGUAACAUGAUACAGUACUAGUGUGGUUCUAAAUUAAAUGAUUACUGUGGUAGGGCUCACUAGUGAUGCACUGAGAGUGGUCAUUACUUUGAGCAGCUUAUCAAGUGUAGUGUCUAGCUAAUAUUAACCAUAUGGAAAUUUCGUUCUUUAUAUCAAUUAAUAUAUGAUUUGAUGUACCAAAAAAUUAAUAUAUGAUUUG